AUGCCCAACGUCCUCAUCCUCGGCGGCGCCGGCUACCUCGGCCUUGCCGUCGGCCAAGCGCUCCUCCGCACGGGCAACUACGCCGUCUGGGCGACCACCCGCAGCGCGGACAAAGCCAAGACCCUCAUCACCAACGAAAUCACGCCCCUCGUCGGCGAAGCCACCGACGCGACCUGGCUCGCCUCCAUCAUUUCCACCCACCACAUCGACACGGUCAUCGACACCACCCAAGCCUACGAGCAAGCGGGCGCCAUCCUGUCGGGCAUCACCAGCGCGGCCAAAACCCGCGCCGCCGCCCUCGCCGCCGACAAAUCCAUCGGCCCCAAGCUUGGCUUCAUCUACACGUCCGGCUCCUGGGUGCACGGCUCGCCCGCCCGUCGCGUCAGCGACCGCACCGUGCCGGGGGUGUCCUCCUCGCCCGACAAGCCGGCUACCGCGGUGGGCUGGCGCCCCGCGCAUGAGCAGGCCAUCCUGGCGGCGCGCGACGUGCUGGACGUGGCGAUCCUGCGGCCGUGCGCGAUCUAUGGGCGUGGCUCGUGGGUUUGGGGCGUGUGGUGGGGCCCGUUGCUGGCCGCGGCUAAGGCGGGCGGCGAGGAGCCCGUGCAGUUGCCGGUGGGGGAAGAGGCGCGCACGGGGACGGUGCAUGUGGAUGAUUUGGCGGAGGCGUUUGUGGGCGCGGCGGAUCGGUUGGAGGGUGGGCUGGGCUCGUGGCCGGUGUUUGACGUGGGGGCGGAGACGCUGCCGGUGGGGGAUAUCAUGCAGGCGGCGGCCAGGGAGUUGGGGGUGAAGGCGCCGUUGGUGUACGGGGGCACGCAUGGGAAUGCGUUCUUGGAGGCGUUGGGGCUGGUUAGUAACUCGGAUACGGCGCGGGCGAGGUCGGUGCUGGGGUGGGCACCGAAGCAUCGCGACUUUAUUCAGAACUUGCCGGUUAUUGUCGCGGCGUGGCGCGCGGCGCAGCCUGAGUAA